GGUGUAUGUUAUAAUUCUCUAGAGGUUGCAACUACCUCUAACGAUAAAAUCGAAUAGGAAAGUGCCAUUUUAGUAACGAUUUCACCGAAAAAUAGGUAUUUAAGAAUAUAACCCUUAAACCUAUAAUUGUUACAGAUUGAUGAAACAGACAAAUUAGAAAAAAAAAAAAAAAUGGAGAAAAGCUGGAAUUCUGGUUAUAUACAUACAGGUUUGCUUUCAGCAGAUAAGAAUUCGUCCGCGGAAAAUGCAGUAAGUGCAUUCCUAAACUGGAAGGUAAAAUAUGAAAAAUUUGAGUUACCAUAUUUUUGUAAAGGUAUUUUGUCCAGAAAUGAAGACACUACAUUAUGUGAGAACAUUCUAGAGAAAAAUGGAUUUGGCAGUGCUUUGAUAGAGCUUCCUCCAAUUGUAAGACCUAGAAGUUCAAGAACACACAGCAAAAAUAAUGAAGUGUUAGAAAAAAUGGCUGCUGUUGACCAGCUUGAGAAACAAAUUAUGAAGAAUAGUAAUCUACUCAAGUUUGAAAAAAAUCAAAGAAUAAAAGUGCAAGAAGACAUGUGCCAAAAAUUACACUCCGAUGAAGCUUGCAAUAAAGAUGGAGAACUAUUUUUAAAACUUUGUGCUGAAGAAAAUUUAAAAGAAUGUGAAGACAAUGUCAAGAAACACUACAGCGCUCCAGUUUGUGAAAAAAAAGAAAAACUUUGUCGCCAAAAAUCUGUCCCUUUAACCACAAAAAAUUUCGUCAUUAGAAAUAUUGAGUUAGCUGCUUCGGCCAUGUCAAAACAUCCGUUAACAGAUGAAGAAAAACAACGCUUAGAACAAAUUUUGACAGAUAUUGAUACUUGCCAAUCCGGAAAAGAUACAUUACAAAUGAAUGAAGAGAAAGCGGAGAAAACUAAUGCUGACGAUAGUCCAAACCUUGCGGAACACAAUGCUUUUAUUUUCAAUGAGAAUGAUAAAAAAAGAUUGACUGAAAUUGACUUUGAACUGAAAAAUUGUUAUAGCGAAACUCAACAUUUACGCACUGCAGAUAUGACUUUGACAGAUAAUUUCUGGAAAAGUCUGAUUUUGGAUCAAAUGUUAAAAAACAUUGAUGAAAAACUAGGAAAUAUUCGACAUGAAGAUAAAAUUACAAACCCAGAAUUGCAAGACUCUGAACCAUAUUAGAGAAUUUAUUUCUAUACCAGUAUUAUUAUUAUUAUUGAA